AUGGCGGACCAAAAUGCAAGUACCGCCUCUUCUGGGCCCUCCCAAUCCCCGUGCAUCACCAAUCUCAUCUCAUCCUACGCAAUUCUACCAACCUUGGCUUCGUGGCUAUCCUCGGUCGAUCUCUAUCAUCUUGGCCUGACGAGCCGCUACCACCACUCAUGUAUUCUAGCAUCGCCUACUCUGUUCAAGAAACUGCAACGGCUAUCUCUUUGCGACGGCCGCGGCCUUGCUCUCCGCCAGGAGUUCAAGCCCCCAUUUCCCAAUGAUUGGAGGAGAGCAGGGAAGUGGACCACCAACCCGGGAUUUACUGCCGAUGAGGAGAUCGAGGUUUUUCUGUACAAUGCCAAAUGCGAUGAAGCCGGAGCCCUGCCCUGCAUCAAAUGCGGCAUCAAUAUUUGCGAAGAGUGUCGAUUUUACCGUCGCGCGGCGCCGCCUCCAUGGUAUCCUGAUCGGCGUCCACAUCUGAAUUCUCCUCACCAGGCUGAGAAUAUCAUGUGUCUAUGUCCAGAGUGUGAUGCCGAAAUGGACAAGGAGCUUUCUGGGAAAUUUCUCAACGAGCUCUGCGAUUGCGAUCGGUACACCCGUUGGAUCUGUACUCGGUGCAUUGUGGAGGAGAGGAAAUUCACGAGGGACUACUUUGAGGAACACACCGUGUUUGAAGGUAACGAGGAAGAAACCAAGUGGUUGUGGGAUCAUCAAUUUUCUCGCUCCUUCUGGUGUCUAUGCGGUUCUCCUGUGCCUCAAGAUAGCCGAAUACGGUGCACUUGGUGCAAAAGGCGCCAUCUCCCAGAGGAUCAAUGGUUGGUAGAAUACGACGAGGUCGGAUCUAAACUACCCUUUUUCGAUAAUAACCCAGAUUAUCCUCGCUGGACAGAAGAUGAGGAUCGAAAAUACGUGAAACCUUAUCCUAAACUUGGGUAUCACCGACCAGGGGACGAUGUGUCAACGAGCUAG